CGACUAUAUCGUGACUCUCUAAGUAUUCCCAGUGGCUAACCAUGGCGUCCUCUCCCCGGCCUUUCCCUUACAACACGUCCGUGACAUCCCCGACGGUGCAUGCGGAGGUCAGCGCAAUCUUCCCCACGGACAACCCGUCCUCCUUCGGGGAGGAGAACGGCACAGUCUGUACCACCGGUGAUUAUCCUUACACCUACAACCAGACAGUCUUUAUCUCCUCCAUUGUCUCUGUCGUCAUCUUGGGGAUCAUUGUCGGGAACUUCUUCGUCUGUACGUCGACGCUGACCCAGAGAAAGCUCCGGACUGUCCACAACUGGUUCCUCACCUCUCUGGCCAUAGCUGACCUCCUGGUAGGAGUCCUCAUCAUGCCCCUGGCCCUGGUGAACGAACUCCUGGGCUACUGGUACUUUGGGGAGGUUCUGUGCGAAGUGUUUCUGUCCACGGACAUCUUCGUGUGCACGGCGUCCAUCCUCAACCUGUGCGGCAUCGCCAUCGACCGUUACUGGGCCGCCACCAACGCUACUGACCUGGCCGGGAUCAUGGAAAGAAGACGAGCUAAGAUUGCGAUCGCGGUGGUGUGGUUCCUGGCGUUCCUGAUCAGCGUGCCGCCUCUGUUCGGGUGGAAGGACGGGACCCCCUGGGACCCCGCCUGUCCGCAGUGCCGGUACAGCUCUGAUGUAGGCUACGUGCUGUUCUCCACUUCCGGAUCUUUCGUCGCCCCUCUGGUUUUCAUAACGAUUGCCUACGCUAACGUUUACCUCGCCGUGACCAGACGACUCAUGAAAAAGUCUCCCCGCCAGAAACCAACACCUGCCGCCAAGGAAGGCGCCCAGAACACCCCGGCCAUAACAGUAGAACUGGCAACCCGUUCAGAAGAAAAUUGCGACCAAAAAAACGGCAAAAUCAAACCUUCUGUCUCCUUUGAGACCAAAGUAAAGUCUGUGUCUGGAAGCAGUAGCACCGACCUCAAGUCGUCUCCACUACGCCGCAGCUACAGCCUCGACACGGUGCUAGCAUCGCCAGCUGAUCUCAUCUCUUCUCGUCCGCGUAUAUCGGAGUGGUUUUCUAGCCUUGCAAUCUCUGACAUUGCACUGACCAUUCAGGCCGACACUGCCACAAAUGCUGAGCAAGCCAACGCACACGAGCGGUCGGGCACACUGAACCGGCAAGACGAAGCGUCCGAAAAUGAAAUGCUGUCAUCGCGCAAGGAGAGUGGAAGUCAGCAUGAGGACGAGUCCUCUCCUCAAGAGCCCUGCCACUGUCUCAAGUCGGACAGCCAAGACGAUCCCUCCGCAGCAGCUGAUGCCCAAAACAAGGACGUCAAACAGAUUCCUUUUCGUCGUCACAAAUCAAGCAGAAGAUCGGUUAUGGCAGAGAUGAGAGGUCACCUCCAGAACAGAGAGCGCUUUCUGAAGAGGAAAGAGAGGCGGUUGACCUUGAUCUUGGGGAUCGUCAUCGCGGCGUUCGUGGUGUGCUGGCUGCCGUUCUUCGUCACCUACGUCACCGUCACCGUGUGCGAGACCUGCGUGGUCUCUGACGUCAUGUUCAAGGUGUUCGUGUGGCUGGGGUACUGCAACUCUGCCGUCAACCCCGUCAUCUACACCAUCUUCAACAAGGACUUUGUCGCCAUAUUUGGGGCUGUCAGAAAGGCCAUGUGCGCCGGAGGGGCUUGUCAUUGAGAACCAAAGUCAUGGCCACUGCGAUUC